AUGAGUCAAUCCCCACUCACUUUUGAGGACGACGAGGUCUUCGUGUCCGCUCUCGAGUAUACCGCUACUACCUAUGAAAACGAUAGAGUCCGUAAAUUGACCCAAAAAUGCGAUCGCCACCUCAUCCCGCCUCUCUUCCUAAUCUGUUUCUACGCCUUCAUCGAUCGCAUCAACAUCGGCAAUGCCCGCAUCCAAGGCUUGGGAACAGACCUUCGCGUGUCUUCACAAAUUGUUAAGGGUAGUAAAGACAUAUGGAGGAUUGAUUGCCAUGAGGGUUUUGUAGGUAUCUUCCAAGCUGUGUCUUAUCUCAGGCAUUGUCUUCCUCCUCGCGGCAUACUAUCCGCGCUCUCAGCUACAAUAAAGACCAAGCGUCUUGAUUUGUUCAACCGCUUCGCCUCCGCUUUUGGUGGGUUGCUGGCUUAUGCGAUUGCGGGGACGGCGGGCACGGAUGGCUAA